AUGUUAGAUGAACCUCUUCCUAUAAUGGAUAAACAGCGAGUUAUAGAUAUUUAAGAAAAACCUAGACUAAAAUAUGUAAAAAAUGAACAAGAAUUUCUCUUGCAUCAUAAGACUGCGCAUGAUAAAUUUAUGAGAGGGAACUAAAACAAUAAUAGGAAUUUAUCUUUAAUGAAUUUUACAAUUGAAAAUACUUCUUCUGUUAUACCAAAUUCUAAAAGUUAGAAUUAAAAUUAAAGGGGAAUCCAAUAAAAUUAUUUACAAAGACAAGCAAAAAGACAAUCAAGAACUGGGAAAUCACUAGCUGGGAGAACUCAAAAUAGCUCUAUUUAAAAUUAACCCUAAUAAGAAACCAAGAAGAAAGAAAAAAAUAUUUUAGUGGACAGCAGCUCAAAUUUGGAGGAGUUAUAAUGGGGAGAAUAAGAUUAUUAAAAAAAUCAUGAUUGCCAGCUAGACUCUGAAACAAAUAGAUGCAAAAUUUGUGGUAGUGUUAUGAAAUAUUUUUAUCAUAGUGGGGAUUAAUUGCUGUAAAAACCUUUUUCCAUAUAUUAUGUUGAUUAUCAUAAGACUUUCUCAAGAAAAUUAGAAUGCCAUACUCUUCCAAAGUUUAAAUAGAAAUAAUUUCUAAUUAUCAAUUAUCUUCCGUAUAUGAAAGAAUGGGCUUACUAUGUUUUAGACAGGCAAAAAUAUUACGGAUUAGAAGAAUAUAUUUAUGAAUAAAAGUUUAGCAUCUUAGAUUCUUCCUCCACUACUUUUUCAAUUAAAAAUCAGCAACCAGUUGAUUAAAGCGAAGGUUAAAAUAUAAAUAAGUCAAUUCAGCAUUCUUAGUCUGCAGCCCAAUUCAUGAGUAAGUUUAUUAUGUCAUAGAGAAUCCCAUUCUCUUUAAAAUAGUAGCUGCCCUAAUUCAAAUUUGAAUGCAUAAAAUCAAAGAAUCAGAGAUCUUUAUCUCUACACAAUUCUUAGGUGUUAACUAAUUAAACAGAUUUUAGAGAGAUUCAGUAAUACAAUGAAAGUACAAAUUAAAGUAAUCAAGAAAUUACCUUUGGCUUUGAUACUUUUACUGUGCUUGGUAAUUUUGAAAGUUCAAAUAUAAAUUUCUGCACAGUUGAUAAGAAGGAGUCUAAAUGUUAAAUUUUAUUGAGAAGUGAUACAAAUACUAAAGGCUGCUUGCAUUGGUUUAUGUUUACUGUUAAAAUAAAUAAUUUAUUCAAAACAAAAAAACAAACAGAAUAAAUAGAUAACAAAGAAAGUAUAACCAUAGAAUAGGAAGAAAAAAACUAAACUAUAAACUAAGAUGUUGUUAAUUAAAAUGAUUAGAGCUUUGACAAGAAAUGGAUAGUAAUUGAAGAUGAUGAUUAGGAUGUAGAAGAUAAAAAAGAAAUAGAAGAAAAUUAAUCAAAGACAAUUACUUUUAGUAUUUUAAAUAAUAAAAGAAAUGGAUAUUUAUAUAAAGAGGGGAUGUAAAUAGCUAUAUUUGAUUCUUCUAAACCAGAUAAAGGCUGGCACAGAGGAGGAGAAAAUAUUUUUUACUAUAGAAGCAAUGUAGAUCACUAAUUUUUCUAAGCUAAUAACGAAAGUAAAAAUCAAUAAAGGAAUUCUAUUUUAGGAAAUAAUAAUAUAAAUGGAAAUACAGCAAACUUAAAUCAAAAUAUAUAAAAUGGUAGUUAUAAUAAUAGUAAUUAAACUGAUGCAUUAAAUAGUAAUACUAAUCUAUAUUCUAAUUUAAAUUAAUAGCUCCAGUCAACUUUGAUUUAGCCUCAAAUUUAACCAAACAGCAAAAGAGGAUUCUAAACUAUGGAUUUUAGCUUUACCUUUACAGAGAAUGGAUAAAGAGUCACCUUUGCUUACUGCUAUCCCUACACUUUAUCUGAUUUAAUGUCCUACUUAGAAUAGUAAGAGCAAAAGCUCAUAUAUUCCUUUUUAGAAUAUUAGAACUUAGAUUAAUAAAAGAAGCAGUUAAUAAUUAAAACAAGCAAAGUAUUGUAUAAAAAAAGAACCAUUGCUACUUCAAGGAUAGGCCUACCUAUAAUUCUUCUCAAAAUAACUUCAAGCAAAAACCCUAAGUUAACGAAAAAUAAAAAGAAGAAAAAAGUUAUUUUUAUAAUAGCUCGCUAGCAUCCAGGAGAGACUCCAUCUAGCUUUGUCUGUGAAGGAUUUAUUUCUUAUCUGUUGACUGACACUAUACAAGCUAAAUAUCUUUUAGAUAAUUAUAUAUUUAAAAUAGUUCCGAUGAUGAAUCCUGAUGGAGUUGUUGUAGGAAAUAGUAGGUGCAAUUUAUCAGGAUCAGAUUUGAAUAGAAAAUGGGAUAAUCCUGAUCCUGUCCUUCAUCCUGAAGUAUUUGAAGUAAAAAAGGAGAUAAAAAAAUCGCAUCUGAAAAGAGAAGUUGCUAUUUUCUGUGACCUCCAUGGACAUUCAAUGAAGAAGCAUGCUUUUUUUUAUGGAUGCAACAAAACUAGUGAUGGAGGUGCUAGCACUUGGACUCAAGUAAGGCUAAUACCUAGAAUACUUUCUAAAAAAAACCACUUAUUUAGUAUUAAGGAUUGCAAAUUUAGAGUAACUGAUGACAAAAAGAAUACAGCUAGAGUCAUUUGCUGGAACGAAUUAAAGAUUUCUAAUUCUUUUACAUUAGAAACUUCAUUUUUUGGCUAUGAUGACUUGCAAAACGAUGGCAAACCAACUCAUUUUACUACAUAAGACCUUUCUAAUCUUGGAAAAAGUCUUUGUGAAAGUAUAGUAGAAUACACUCUUGUUAUGGACAUUCUGAUGGCUGAGUUAGUAGAGACAAGAGGCUGGCUCAAACCUUUUAGGUUGUUUCAGCUCACAGGAGAGAGUGCUUAAAAUAAAAUACUUCGAAAUAUGAAAGAGCAAAAGAAAAUUGAAAAGCAAAAAAGAAUUGAAAAUAAUUUGCUAAACAUUCAGCAGGAAAAAGAAAAGAAUCUAAAUAAUUUAUAGCAAUAGAUAAAGCAAAAAGAAAAAAGAUGUCUUACACCUUCACUGAUAAAUGGGAACACAAAAAAGGAUACUAACUUUUUGAAUUCUCCAGACUGUGCAGAUGAAUUACUGAAAAGCAACGACUUAGAUAGUAAGCAAGAAUUGCUCCUUCAGUUAUGUCCUGAUAUGAAAGUAGACUGGAGAGAUUAUUUUGGAAAAGAUGAGCUAGAAAAGGCUUUUAAAAAAAUAGAUAAGGGAGAAGAUCCUAAUGACUAAGAGAGUGCAAGUGGUUCAGAUAGCGAAGCAGAGGUUGACAUAUUCAAAGAUAAAGAGCUUCAACUAUCAAAUGAAGCUAAAAAUAGAAAAAAAUCUAAGAAGAAAAAGCAACAGACUAUUAAAGAAAAAGAAAAAAAUGGUAAUAAUCUUGUAGAAGUCAAGAUCAAUAAUCAAGGUGAUAACAAUACUAAUAACUCCAACUAGGAUUAGAAUAACAAAAAGAAACCCUUAACAGUAUAUUCUUAAAGUUAGGAAAGAAAUAGAUGGAACCCUUCUCCUAUCAUAUAAAAUUAUAAGCAGCAACUGGAAAUGAAAAAACAGUAAUUAAAAAAAUAAUCUUAUCCUAUAGCAAAAGUUGGAUAAAAUUUUGCAUCUGCCUACUAAACUUAAAACUAAACAAACCAAGAAAUUCAAAAUUCUGCAAAUAAUCAACCCUCACAAGCAACAAGUUAAUAAAGUUCACCACAACAAACAUAUAAAAAUUAGUACCCACCUGCUGCACAGGCAUUCAACCAGUAUCCAACUAAUGCAUAUGCCAAAAAUUCUGUUAAUGGAACUUACUUAGAAAAAAAACUGAUUGAACUUUAAUAAGUUUAGCUAAAUUAGUCAUACUAAUAUAAUUAAAGUAGAAAUUCUUAAUCUACAAUAUACUAAAAUUUAGCAUAAUAUAAAUAAAGAAAUAGUGUUAUGGUUCCUUUUGAAGAUAACAGAUAAAAUACAAACACAAGAGGAAUAUCCUCAUCUAAUAGUGAAGCCAAUCCUGCAUUCAGAUUGAAUACAUCUGAUAUUUAAUCUAGAUUAUAUGAAAAUUAAAAUAUUCCUAUUAGCAAUAACUCUAGUAGGAAUUAUGGCAAAUAAUCUACUUCUAAUAGCACUAAUUCUUCUAAUUUAGCCUAAUAAAAUACAUUUGCAGUCAGAAGAUCAAGUUAAUUUCAAUAGAAAUAAAAUUAAGAAGAUAAUCAGCAAUUUGAAGAAAAUUAAGAAAAACAAAGUUUAAUAAUAAAAAGCCAAGGAAGCACUAAAAAUGGCAUUUUAGAAAGAAAACACAAAUUAACUAACCAAAAUAUUACAGAAAGUAGUUAAAAAGCAUUUAUUGUAGACGAUGAUGAUGAGUAAGAUGAAGAGCAAUCUUAAUUUGAAACCAAAUUUAAGAAUAGCAUAGAUUACAUGGGAAAAGCUUAAAGAACUCCAAAAAAUGUACAUAGUUAAAUUAAAAGCUUUGAAUAAUUACCACCAGAUACAGCUAUCUUUGAAGAUAAAAAAAAUUAAAUUAUGGUUCAAUCUCGUUUAAAGUUGGAAAAGAUAUAAGCAUGCUCAGUUGGUGUGUAAGAUGAAUAAGAAAUAAAUUAAAUAGAAGUCUAAAUAUUAAACUAAAAGAAUAAUAUGAUUAAUUAAGAGAAUAUGUUACAAACAAGUAACUUACUUAAUAAAAAUUUUAAUGACAGUAUAUCUAAUUUUAAGUAGAAAAACGCUUAAAGUGACAAUAGAAGUAAUAAUAACUUUCUUGAAAUACCACACAACUUUGUAAGUUUUUCAAGUAGUAAAAAAGGGAUUUAACAAUUUUAUGCUGAUGAAUAAGCUUAAUCUAGUGGUUCAAAUUCAAAUAGCAAUAAUAUUUAAUACAAUUAAACAAAUAAUUACAAUUAAAGUAGCUCAAACUCAGAUAUAAUUAAUAUUACAGAUGAUUUAUAAUUAACCAAUAAGGAAUAAACUACUAAAUAAAUUGCUAAAAAUGCUUCUAACUUUGAUAGAAAGAUAAGAGCAUAAGCUCCUUUAAGACAAUUUUUAAAUACUGACAAUAUUAGCUAGAUAAGUAGUUUUAAUUCUAACCAGCAAAGUGAUAAACAUGCCAGCAACAAUAUGUUUGGUUAAUAAAUUUUAAAUAACAAGUAUUUAAAUCAAGAGAGGUUAGCUGCCAUUUCAUUAAAUAACACAACUAGAAAUUUUAAUAGCACAAACUACUCUCUCGCUUAGAAUAAACAUAAAAUCAAAAAGCACAGAGCUAGGUCAAUCCAAGAAACAAAAGCAUAACUAUAAAUUUAAUAACAAUUGAUAAAUAACAAUUUUAAUACAUAAACUUCUUAAUAAGAAAAAUUAAAUUUUUCAACAGAUGAACAAAAGCUGUAAAUGUAUCAAUUUGAUAAUGGAAAUAAUUUUGUAGCAUUUAAAAAUUUUUCCAACCAAUAAUAUUAGCCUUUUGCAUAAAACAAUAUAAGAAUAAGAAAACUAAAUUUUAUUUGA